UAUUAUUAUUAUAAUAUCAUUUGUGUCUCAGAAGUAUAUAGAAUCUUCAAGAAACAAAAUCGUUGAUGCAAACAUUUUCUUCUACCUCGGAACUCUUAAGCGUUAAUGGCUACCCCGUUUAUUGCUGGGCUUGCAGUGGCAGCUGCAGCCAUGGCUGGUAAGUAUGGAAUUCAGGCGUGGCAUUCUUUCAAGGCUAGACCCCUAAGGCCUAGAACACGCAAGUUCUAUGACGGCGGCUUCCAACCAACAAUGACAAGACGUGAAGCGGCUCUGAUCCUUGGUGUUAGAGAAAGCGUUGCUGCAGACAAGGUGAGGGAAGCACAUAGAAGGGUAAUGGUUGCAAACCAUCCGGAUGCCGGAGGCAGCCAUUACUUGGCUUCCAAAAUUAAUGAAGCCAAAGAUGUAAUGCUUCGAAAGUCCAAGGAUACUGGUUCGGCAUUUUGAUUCUGGUCGGCCUCUACAACUGAGCUUUUGUUUUAGUCAAUUUCUGAUGGCAUACAACUGAUGUGGUAAUAUAAAGGAUCUCUGUGCCAAUGGUUGCUCUUAACAGAACUUUGUAUUCAUUGUUAUAUCUUUUGACUUGUCUUGUAUGAGACUAUGAGUAACAAGUAAAAUGUAGCAGAACUAUGAAAUGAUUAUUUGAUAUCAUUUAUGGUCUAACAUA